AUGGGUCUAUUAAAUUUCGAUGAAAGACCUAAAAUUUUCAAAUCAAGUUUUCAUGAAUUAAUAGUUGUGACGUUAGUAUGUCUUGCACAAUUCUUGACACAAGCUGGGAUAACUAUGUGUUUGAGUACUAUGAAUAUCAUCCUAAAAGAUUUCAAGAACUCAGACUCAUCAUCUUUAGCAACUUGGUUUAUGGGUGGUUAUGCAUUAACUGUGGGGAGUUUUAUUUUAGUUAGUGGUAGAAUUGCAGAUUUAUUUGGAUUGAAGAAAGUAUUUGUCAUAGGUUGGAUUUGGAUUAUUAUAUGGUCGAUUAUAGCUGGUUGUUCAUAUUAUACAAAUUCAAUUAUAUUUUUCAUUAUAUGUAGAGCAUUUCAAGGUAUUGGAUUUGCAUUAAUUUUACCUACUGGUUUAGGUAUUUUAGGUCACAUAUAUCUGAAUGGUGGUAGAAAAAAUUUUGUAUUUGGAUGUGUUGGAGCUAACGGUCCAACUGGAGCUUGUCUUGGAGCAUUAAUGGCUGGUGUUGUUGCUCAAACUUGGUGGUGGCCUUGGAUUUUUUGGUUAUUAGCUAUAUUUUGUUCUAUUUUAUUGGUUUUAUCUGUGUUUUACAUACCGCAUUUUGUUAGUGAUCAACAAGAAGGUAGUACUUUGGAGAAGAUAGAUAUACCUGGUUGUAUCCUUGGACUUGUUGGAUUAAUACUAUUGAAUUUUGUAUGGACACAAGGUCCAGUGGUUGGGUGGGGUAAAGCAUAUAUCAUAGUAUUAUUAGUUAUAUCAGUAUUUACAAUCAUUGGGUUCUUUAUUUAUGAGAUAAAAUUUGCUAAUUAUCCGUUAUUGCCCAAAUCAAUUUUCAAUAUUAAAAUAGGGCUUGUUUUAGCAUGUAUGUCAUUUGGAUGGGGGUCAUUUGGUGCAUGGCAAUUUUAUUAUUGGAAUAUUAUAUUAAAUUUAAGAAAAUAUAGUCCUAUUGAAGGUGGAUUAACGUAUAUUCCCUUUUUAGUACUAGGUAUAAUUGCAUCAUUAUUAGUUUCAUUUGUUAUAUCUCAUACUAAACCUUCAUUUAUUAUUUCAUUUUCAUCAUUGUGUUUUAUGAUUGGCUGUAUAAUGUUAUCUGUUACUCCAAUAGAACAAUCAUUUUAUAGGAUGACAAUGGGGCAGAUGUUCAUUUUAUCUGGAGCGAUGGAUAUGUCAUUCCCCUCAGCUACUAUAAUCUUAAUGGACGUAUUAGAAGAAAAAGGAAUGGCAGGUUCAUUAGUGUCUACAAUUGUUAAUUAUUCAGUAAGUUUGUUUUUGGGAAUGUCUACAUGUGUUGAAAUUGAGACUUUUAAACAUAAUCAAAAUUUGUUGUUAAGUUACAGAGCAGCACUUUAUUUUGCUACUGGUAUUGCUGGUUUAGGUUUUAUUUGUUCUUUGAUAUUUAUAUUUGUUCAAAGAGAUGAUAUAAAGGGUACAACUGCAUUUAUAGAAGUUGAUAAUAUUGAUGAAAGUUCAAUUGAGAAAAAGUAA